AGACAAUGGGAUAUAUCAUAUGGCCGUGCCACAUAUAUUCUAUAUACCGCGAGAUGAUAGAUCUGACUCCUGAGACCAGUCUCACAAUUCUCACUUCGUCGACUGGAUGUGCAAAACAAAGAAUCAUGUCGAUGCCGCUAGAUAAAGAUUUUGAGACGGACUUGCGUGCGCUAGCCCGUCUCAUGUUGGAAGAAGGGCCAAAGAAGAUAGAGCCGACGUCUCGACGAGUCCGAGUCAUACAUCAAGGCACCACAUUGGUCGAUACCACCAAGGCCUUGCACGUCUGGGAGCACUCCAACUUCCCGUACUACUAUAUCCCGCUUUCGGGCCUCGUCAACUGUCACUGGGUGGACACGGGGGAAGUGAUGAGCACUUCCGAGAGUGGUUACACCAAAGGGCUCCGUGCCUCGUUGGUUACGAUCAAGCUGCCCUCGCAUUCGGGUCUCAUGGAAGGCUCGACAGACCGCGCAAUGCGCUUCUAUCGGGGGAAGGAUGGCCAUGUACCGGAAACGCCCAGUGUUGUCUCGUCUUUAGCUGGUCAUAUGCGAAUCGAGUUUGGCAGCAUGGACCACUGGCUCGAAGAGGACACUCCCAUCUACGUCCAUCCCAAGGACCCCUACAAACGUGUCGAUAUCCUCCCGUCCAGCCGCCCCAUCGAGAUCCGUGUAGGGGACGAGACCGUUGCCCGCACCAACUACGCCGUACACGUCUACGAAACGGGCUUGCCCCCGCGCUACUACCUCCCUCUUUCGGCGGUCGAUCACGCAGUCCUCCGCCGUAGCAGCCUGAAGACGAAAUGUCCCUACAAAGGCGAGGCGGAGUAUUUCGACGUCGUGGUCAACGGCCACGCCAAGGAAGAUCUGGUCUGGUAUUACCGGUAUCCGCUCCAGGAGUGUGGUGCCAUUACGGGUAUGGUGUGCUUCGAUAAUGACCGGGUUGACACGAUACUGGACGGGGAGUUGAUGGAACAGCCAAAGGUCGUGUACGGGUGAGUUGCGUCCUGUGCCUCUGUUUCCCUGGCCGUCAGCCGCCAGCGUGGAUGAUACCGGGCUAAUGGAACAACUUCAAAGGGAGAGAACCAGAAGCAUAGGCUCGGGUGAUAUGAUGUGAAGAGACGGAUCGUUGCUAAAGCAAUUCAUGGACGCCAGGCCGGGCUUUGGCCAGGGUCCGAGAAAAGGGGACUAUUACGGGCGUUCAAACUUCAGGGGCAGGGCCUCGGGGCCCAGGGGACAUGACGGGGGAAAUUUGGAAUCCAUGUAUCAUGUAUCGUGCAUUAUGUACAUUACCUAUGCAAACUCUCUUUCAGGACGAAUGACUGGUGUCUGUCGGUCUGUCCGGAAUCUGCAGUGUUUGGAGGUCAAGGGGCAGAUUCGACAAGCGAAUCCGGCCUGGUUUAAACCCAUCGAGAAGAGAAUUUCAACGACCAGGUCGCC